UUCAUUAAUUUAAUUAAUUAAUUUCUCCCCAACUAAUUCUCUUUGACUUGUAACGAGUCUUCUUCUGCCCUGUCUUCUCUUCUCCUCCUUUGUCGUCUUCGCACGCUUUCCCUCUUUCGCCAUUAACCAGAGCGAGCGGAUGGAGCGCCAGAACAGAGAUGGCAGAGACGACACCAAUUCGUUCCGGCAGUUCAGUGACCAGUUACGCCUCCACACCGCCGCCUUCUCCGGCCUCUCCCUCGGAGACUCCAUAUGGUCCGACGCCUCCAUCCUCUCGGCUACCGCCGCCGCCGCUGACCCGUGGACCAUGACCUACACCAACCAGAAGCUCGCCUUCAACAGCUACACCACCCACGGAAGUCGCUACAACACCGUCGACGACCGCCACAAGAACACUACCAACUCCGUCGAAGCCGGAAAGGACGUAAUUAACUGUAACAACUACAGCAAGAGCGUCAGCGCUAACUACAAGUAUGGAGGAGCAGGAGGGGAGGUCAAUAAUAACUACUUCAACAAGGCCGUCGGCAAGCCGGUGAACCUCACCACCAUCGCUUCCAGUAGCAGAAAGAACAGUAACGACGUGAUCAGCGUGGGAAAGAAGAAGAAGAACUCUAACGGCAACGGAAAUUACAGUAACAGCAACAACAGCAACGAUAUCGGAGCGGCGGAGAAGCGCUUCAAGUCCCUACCGCCGGCGGAGGCGCUGCCGAGGAACGAGGCGAUCGGCGGUUACAUUUUCGUCUGUAACAACGAAACCAUGCCGGAAAACCUCCAGCGCCAGCUGUUUGGCUUGCCGUCGAGGUACAGGGACUCUGUUCGAGCAAUCAAACCGGGGCUGCCUCUCUUCCUCUACAACUACUCAACCCAUCAGCUUUAUGGAAUUUUUGAGGCAGCUAGUUUUGGAGGAAGCAACAUCGAUCCAACAGCUUGGGAGGACAAGAAAUGUCCUGGAGAGUCCCGUUUCCCUUCCCAGGUGAAGGUGGUGACCAGAAAAAUCUGUGACCCUCUGGAAGAAGAUGCUUUCAGGCCAAUCCUCCACCACUAUGAUGGCCCCAAAUUCAGGUUGGAGCUUAAUGUCGAAGAGGCACUGAAGCUGCUCGAUGUCUUUGCGGAGAACAACGCUUGAGUUUUUCAACAUGGAAUGCAUAAUAUAUACUGUGUGCUUGCCCCUCUUAGCAGUAUAGAAUAAGAUGUUGGGGUUAUAAAUAUCACUGAGACAUUCAUUGAUGUAUAUGGUGAAAGAUAUUGAGGUUGAAUUAGUAUGAACUAGUGUAUAUCAAUUUGUUUACUUCAUAAUACUGUAAAUCUAUGAGCAGUGUGCAGAUGAUCCUUUUUCA